GUGAGUGCAGCAAAGGAGAGAGACUGCAGGGUUACACGAUGUCACGGGAUUCAAAGAGACCAGUUCCAAUGCCAAGGAACAAACUUAACCUUCAGGACAAAGCUGAAGACGAUGAGGCAUCCACUCCUCAGUCUCCCACAAGAUAUAUAAAGGGAGGUUCAGUGUCCUCAACUCCUCCACCAGUGUUGCCAAAGAAGUGGACUGUUAAAAAGAGUCCGGGAGGAAGUGAAACUGAAAAUGGCGGCCCAAAAAUAGUAAAGGUGAUUGCUGAUCAAUCAAAUACGAAUAUCCAUCAAGCAAAACAAUUUCGGCUGCCUCCCAUACUUCCAAGACGAGACCCUGACGAUAAAGAUGAAAUCUUGGAUUCCUGCUCUCUGAUGGUAUGGUGGAAGGAAAAGAAAUCCUGGGAGUCCCUGUGCGACGACAUCAGCUCUCCAAGGAAGAUCAUCAAAGUUAAAGCUGAACACCUCUAUAAAGCUAUCAAGACUUACAUCCUUCUGCUGACUGAACACGGUGCCACCCUGAAGGAGUACACUUCGGAGCUGCACUGCACCGCUGACAACUUAAACAAGUAUUCAAAAGGGACAAAGAUCGCUGCUAUUACCGGAGGAACUACAACUGUACUGGGAGGUGUGGCAGCAGCAGCCGGAGUGAUACUAUCUCCUGUGACACUAGGAGCCUCACUGGCCCUGACUGCAGUUGGCGUGGGCGUGGCUGCAGUCGGUGGCGUCACUGGUGCAACAGCAGCCAUCACCGACAAGGUGAGCACCUCUCUCGACAAGAAGAAAAUCAAAAAGACACUCCAAGAUUACAGGGACCUCAUGACGGACAUUAUCAACUCCUUGAAGUUUGUCAAUAAGGGCAUGGAGCAGCUAAAGCAGCACGAUCUGUCCCUUCUCUGUAGAGCCAGGGGGGAUUCCACGAGGGUAGCCAGCAUGGUAGACCUUUCUACUACAGGAGGGGCAAGUGCUGGGGCCUUAGAGGCUAACAGUAAGGCAUUUGGGAUGAUUGAAGGCUUUGCCCUUGCCAUGGAUUCCUACUACACCCAAGGAAAAGAUGGGGAGAAGAUGAAAAAGGGCCUUGAGUCGAAGCUUGCAACUAAAAUCUGCACGCUAGCAGAAGGGCUCAAUAAUGGAUUAGAUGAGCUAAUCCAAAUAAAGGACUUGUUCAGUAAGCAUUGUCAAGAGGUGUGAAUGUUUUUGAACUGGUAGACAGUCCCCUGCCUGCUUUGUGUAUGGGUUACGGUUUGAUGUGAUUUUUGCUUGAUUUUUCCAAGGAAAAAAAAAAUGAUGAAAAAAUGGUGAAAAUGAUUAAUUAAUGAUUAAUGAUUAAUUUUUGUUAAUUUUGUUUACGUGUUUAUUUUAAAGACAUGUAAUAUACUUUACAGCCUACCUUUUUUUCCAGCUUUACUGCUUGUAGCUUCAGACUGUUUACUUUGACUAGAUAUAACUGAGAUUGUGUGUAUCUCUGUGGCUUUUAAAUAUUUGUUCCUCUUUGUCACUUUGCAUGAUGCUCUUGCUAAGAAUUUUUUCUUAAACUAAUCAGUAGUAAAGUAUCAUAUAUACACACA